AUGGUGAUUCGAAAGAUAGGCCCCAUGCCUCAGUACAGUUGCCGUGUUUUGGAGAGAAAAAUCCAAAUGAUCAAGAAGAGAAUCCAUGGCUGUAGUCAAGUCGCAAAACAAGCGGAAAAUAUCAUGCUGGAUAUUGCAUGUAACAGCUAUAAAAAAAGAAGGACAAUUGCAUUUGACAGUUCGACGGAUACUGCCAUCACCUUCUCAAAAUCAUUGAAUAUGGGCGACAUCAAGCUGUCACCGUCUAUUGCUUCUAUGUUGUGCAAAUAUUACAAUACUGCUCGUGUCAAUCCGCAGAUCAAGUGCGCUACCUCACUACGACUUGGCAGCAACAUCACGAUCGACUCUACUUUCGAUCCACCAAGUAGAAAGAAGAAGCUGUCAGACCAUGCCCUGGUCAAUUGUGCUCGCCGCAGUUUGCUACCAUUGCUGGUAAAGGUGUUGCUCAUCUUUGAGCACAACUUCUCUGGUGCAACACAUGCUCUAGCCGUUUGCCAAGUCUAUCAGAACGUAACGGUAUCAACGUCCGGCAUCCCUGAAUGUUUCCUUGACAAUGCCAACUCGGAUACUUCCAAUGGUGCAUGGGAUCUGGAUAUAAUAGCUGUCGAUGAUAUUUUGUCUUCAGUUGCAGUUCUGAAGUCUGCCAUAUCUGGGAAGCUCUUCUUUGUUUGGCCUGAUAUGAAAAGAAUUGAUUUGAAAGUAUACAAUGAUGAUUCUAUAUUUGACUUUGCAUAA